AUACAAAAACAUACGUCAAUGUUGAUAACCGUGUUCGAAGAAACCGCAAAUCAGUUACGAAUGACAUAUGUAUAUCAGUGAUACGAAGUACAUGCUCGAGUGAUUCGACGUAUUUGACAUACUUAGCAAAUUUUAGACGUGCAUGUAAAUUAGUGAUUUACAGAGAUAAAUUUUUAGAUAUUGCACAUUAUGGACACAGACAGACCGUUGCAUGAGGAUUGGAAAAAACGAGCUUUUGUGGGACCAUUGCCAGAUAGUUUUUUGAGAAUAAAUGAGCAAAAUGCUCAACUUCAACAGGAAGCAGCAGAUCAGCAAACUGCUCUAGCUCUUCAGCAACAGAUGCAAAAUAUGCCAGUAACUGUUGAUCCACGAUGGGGUAGACUUAACAUAACAAUUUCUCAGGCCAAAUUAGUAAAAAAUUAUGGAAUGACAAGGAUGGAUCCUUACGUGAGGUUACGAGUAGGACACUCAGUCUAUGAAACUCAUACAGAUUCAAAUGGUGGAAAAAAUCCACAUUGGAAUAAAGUAAUUCAGUGUGUCCUUCCACCUGGUGUUACUCAAAUUUAUAUAGAAAUUUAUGAUGAGUGUUCUUUUGUGAUGGACGAAUUAAUUGCUUGGGGCCACAUAAACAUUCCUCCACAGGUUAUUCAAAAGGGAGAGACUCAUGAGGAUUGGUAUAUGCUCAGUGGAAAACAAGGAGAAAAUCAGGAAGGCAUGAUCAAUUUAGUUUUUAGUUACUCGAAUAAGUGUUAUCCAUAUAUGGGUUCCUCUUCUAUAAUGAUGGUUCCUUCUGCAACAAUGUUUGGUAUGCCAUAUGCUCCAGUAAACGUUUACACAACACCUUCAGUUAUGGCUGCACCAAAUGUCGUACCAAGCACUCUGCCAAAUGCCGAAGUUGAAUUGCAACAGAUCGCAGAAAUGUUUCCCAACAUUGAUAAGGAAGUUAUAAAAUCAGUAUAUGACGCUAAUCAAGGAAAGAAAGAUGUUACGAUUAAUUCGUUGCUUCAGAUGUGUGAAUAAGUUUCUAUUAUGCUUAUGUAACUUUACACAUAUCUUCUAGCACUAAAAAAUUUAAAUGUAACAAGAUCUAAUAUUUGUACUACUUCCAUACGUAAUAAUUAAUGCUAAGUAUUUUAAAGACUUAUUUCAGUAUACAAAUUGACAAAAUACAUAAUACAUAUGUAUCUUGUCUUUUUCUUUAGAACAAGUAAAAAUAUUUGUUUUAAAAAACAAAUAUUGCUUUUUAAAGGUACAAUUUCAUGUGCCGCUGAAACUAAGUGUUUAAGCGACAAGAAGAGUCACGUGAUGACUUUGAUUUGUUGCUCGUAUUCCAGCGGUUACAAUUUUGUAGUUGGAACCAGUUCAACUACAAAGCAUUGUUUCUUAAAAGCUGUGAUGCACUGAGCUGCAUUUGGAAACACUACUCGUGCGCGCUUUAUCUUUAUCGCUUAUUGUAAUAAAUGUAAAACAAAGAUAAAAUGUGCACACGAAUGGUGUUUCCAAACACAGUCUUGACAGUGUAUACCAAAGAUAUAAACAUAACUUUGCAGAACUCCCGUUUUAAAAAAAAUACAAAAAUGAACUAAUUUAAUUCAAGACAAAUGAAGAUGAAGAAGUAAAAAUAUAUAUAAAUAAUCGUCAACAAAAACGCAAACAACGCAAAAUCUAUCUCUUAAUUUUGUCACUUCUAAUCUUUUUUAUGUAGAAAAGUUGACGUUGAAUAGUUCAGCGAGAAAAAUCAUCACGUGACUUUUUUUGUCGCUUGAACGAUCAGUUUUAGCGGCACGUGAAAAUGCACCUUAAUAGUUUUGAAUUCUUAGUCAAAGUUUUUGUUAUAUUGUUAUUUCAGAGUUAUUACAGUUAUUUGUUAUUUCAGAGUUUAUAUGACUUCUCCUUUAUUUUAAAUACGUAGAAUUUAUUUUUACUUUUACUUAUAAGAUUACGACUACUACAUAGAUGUAUGUAUCUCUGUGUAUAUAAUUUAUAUUGCAUGUUUUAUAAAAGUGUAAAAAGAUACGCUUACAUAAAAAUUAAUAUUAAAUAUA